GCGCAUCACAUAAGUCACGUGACUACCGGCCAUUUUUAUAAAAUUUCGUCCUGACAAUUUUUUCAAUGAAAGCCUCGAGUAGACCAGUUGUCUCAGCCUUACGGCGGAGACUUUUCUCUGCGCAGGCUGCAUCUCAGGAGUCUGCCACACAACCUCUUCAGAAACAACAGGCAAAGGUGUCAAAAUUACCUAAUGGAGUCACUGUGGCAUCCCUGGAGAAUUAUUCCCCUGUCACUAGAGUGGCUGUUGUGUUUGGUGCUGGAGCCAGAAAUGAACCAGGAAAUGCUCUUGGAGUAACACACUGCCUUCGCCGUGCAGCAUUUCUUACAAACGCCACCCACACCCAAUUUGGAAUCACUAGGAAUAUUCAACAGCUUGGGGCCAGCAUCACGUGUACAUCUGGUCGAGACACUAUGACAUAUACUGUAGAAGCAACUAGAGACAAUAUAGAAAAAACCAUACCAUAUUUAGCAUCAGUGACCACAACUCCAGAUGUGCGAGAAUGGGAACUGAAUGACCUUCAGGCCUGCUUAGAAUUUGACAUUGCAUCACUUAAACAAUCUCCAUCUGCACUCACUAUGGAAGCCCUACAUGAUGCUGCUUAUAGAGGAACACUUGGUCGCUCAUUGUACGCUCCUUCUUGUAUGGUGGGACAAUUUACACCAGAUACGUUGGAGGAUUAUAUGCGAAACUUCUACACAAGCGAGAGAAUGUCACUGGUAGGGCUAGGUAUAGACCACGACACAUUGGUGAGUUAUGCCAGCCAGUUUAAUCCCACUGAUGGCCCUGGUCUUGCUACAGAAAAAGCCUUCUACAGGGGAGGUGAGAUCCGUAUGGAGACACGCAGCGAUGUUGUCAAUGCUGCAGUUGUCACUGAAGGUGCAGGGCUAGGAAGCAAGGAUUUACUUGCUCUUGGGGCACUGCAAAGAGUCAUGGGCUGUGGAGACUAUCUCAAGUGGGGAUCAGGAUCUGCCACAUCAAAAGUCCAGCAGACAGCAACUGGGAUCACUCCUCUCCCUGUAGCAGUGAAUUGCUUCAAUGCAAACUAUGCUGACUCUGGUGUUUUUGGUUUCUUUGUCACUGCCAAAGAUACUUGUGUAGGCAAGGUGCUUAAAGGUGUUGCCAAACAAUUCUCAGCACUCACUAAAUCUGGAGUAUCCCAGGAUGACCUCAACAGGGCCAAGGCUCAACUAAAGGCUUCACUAAUGAUGAGCGGUGAAGAUCCAAAUGCUGUCAUAGCAGAUCUGGUGAAUGGAAGUGACAUGUCUGAAGUUGCUGCAGCUAUUGAUGCUUUGACUGUAGCAGAUGUCAGUAAUGUUGCUAAGAAGGUAAUUAAUGGCAAGCCAUCCAUGGCAGCAGUUGGAAAUCUAGAAAAUGUACCCUACUUGGACCAGGUCUUCAACUAACAUCACAGACUCUUAGGAAAUUACAAAUACUAUUACACCUCCAAUGGCCAUAAUUGGAAUUGAUUUUAAAGUAGUGGAUGAUACGAUUUAACUCGUUACUGUCAAAUUACACCCUUGAAUGACUUCAUAGGCUUGAACUGAUUAAAAUAUUAGAUAAAGAUUUAAGUAUGGAUGCUCAAGCUUUGGAAACUUGAACUUUGGGCAUUAUGAAAAAUACCAAAUCAUUAUAUCAGGAUUUAGUUGUGCAUCUGAUUGCUGUAUAUUCUCUGCUAAU